AACCCAAAUAAUCAAACACAAUUAAAUCCCCUCUCCAAAUCCACCAUUACUCCUCACCUUCAACUCUCCCUCUCUCUCUCCCCCUCUCUCCCCAUGUCUUUCAAAGAAGAAAACACCACCAAAACUGAGUCUCGAAGCCCCGCAAAAAUUACCCCGUUCCUGAUGAUCUAAUAUGGUCAUAGCGGACCAGAGAUCACCCGCCGAUAUUACGAACAACAAUAACAAUAACAAUAACAAAGUUUGGGGACUUUUUAAACUGCCGUUUUUAGGAGGAAGCGACGCGAACACGACACCCUCUUCUUCUUCUACUACCACUGCUACCACUCCAACUAUGAUGAUGCAGCAGCAGCAGCACCAGCACCACCAUCACCACCAUAACCACCAGCACAACUCGCAAAUUGAAGGAUCUUCUAAUCCUCCUCACCCUUCCAAUUCUGUCUCUUCUGUUGCUAGAUCGCUUUUGCCUACUCGUCGUCGUCUUAAACUCGAUCCAGCUUCUAAGCUUUACUUUCCUUAUGAACCUGGCAAGCAGGUCCGGAGUGCCAUCAGGAUUAAAAACACUAGCAAGUCACAUGUAGCGUUUAAGUUUCAAACAACUGCACCGAAAAGCUGUUUCAUGCGUCCUCCUGGGGCUAUUCUUGCACCUGGGGAAAGUAUCAUUGCUACAGUCUUCAAGUUUGUUGAGCUGCCAGAAAAUAAUGAGAAACCAAUGGAACAGAAGAGCAAGGUUAAAUUUAAAAUCAUGAGCCUGAAGGUGAAAGGGGUUAUGGACUAUGUACCUGAGCUGUUUGAUGAGCAGAAAGAUCAGGUAGCAAUAGAGCAAAUAUUGCGGGUUAUUUUUCUCGAUCCGGAGCGUCCUAGUCCUGCUUUGGAAAAGUUGAAGCGCCAAUUGGCUGAUGCUGAUGCAGCUGUUGAGGCACGCAAGAAGCCUCCAGAAGAUGCAGGCCCAAGGAUUAUCGGUGAAGGACUAGUUAUAGAUGAAUGGAAAGAGCGAAGAGAAAGAUACCUUGCUCGGCAGCAGGGUGAAGGAGUAGACUCAGUAUAGAGUGGCAGUGAUCUUCAAGGUGCAUUUGUGUAUGAUGAAUGGAAUUUAUACAAUCCACCAUUCAGUAAAUUCCUCCACCCUUUUCGUGUAAUGCAAAGGAUAUUGUAUUCAGAAAAUCAUGUAGGAAAACUUCAACAUGGUGUGUAAAGAGAAACUGGGAAGUGAAUUCUGUGAUUUGAGGUACUAAAACUUUUUCGUUCUCCAUCUGCCUGUAUAUACUUGUGAUUUUGUUUUCCUAUUUCAGAAAUAACUGAUCUUUACCCAAAGUAAA